UCUUACACACAUGUACUGAGCAUAGAUCUCAAAGAAAGAAGCAGUAAAUAUAAGUUCCAGCAAAAACGUGUCAACUAUUGGUUCGAACGGGAUCAAAAGUACCGUGUGUAACAAUUACACUUGGUUCUUUAUUUCAUUUUGUCUUAAAAAGUGUGUGGUGUUUUUAACGAUUAAGCAAUGGUCAAUGCUUAGCGUGCGUAAAUCUAUUGAUGGUGCACGCGGAUAGUUGGGAGAGCACGAUGGUAGCGUGAGAGUUGCACGAGGCGGAGCCCUUGAAAUAAGAAUAGUCCAAGGAAAUUGCUAGAUUACUUGGAGAUAUUGGUCAAUAAGAGUUCCAAAUGCAUGUUUCAGGACUUGAAGACCAACUAAAGAAGUCUAAGACCCACGAAGAUCAGUACAAGUCAAUGUCGUUAGCACAUGAAGAGGCCCUUAAAGAUCUUGAUCAGACCACAGCAGAACUAAAAACUAGUCUCGAAGCUCGAGUCAAGAAAGCAGAAGAGGAAAACAGCUACAUGCAAGGGCAAAUCCAGAGCUUAGAAAGCAAAAACAAUGCCCUUAUUCUCGAGAACACCCAUGCGAAGAAAGAUGCCGAGAGACAAAUAUCAGAGUUGCAAGAAAUCCUGAGCACCAUAAGACACGAGUUGGAAGAAGCUCGUAUGAAAGCAAGAUCAGCGUGUGCAAGUGAACAGGUGGCCAAAGAAGAACUAAAGGAGCAGGCAUCUAUAGCAGCUGAGUGUCAAGAGAAGUAUGAAAGAGAACUGAUGCUUCACGCAAAUGAUGUAAAAGCUUUAGCAGUCGUCAAGGAAAAGCUUCAGGAACAGGACACGAAAUUCAACGAAGUCCUAGACAGAGCUAAUGCUGCCGAAGAAAAGCUGAAAGGUGCUAGUCAAUCGUGGGUGCAGGAAAAGAAACAGUACAUUACAGAGAACAAGAAACUGGAAUCCAGAUGCGCUGACCUGGUCGACCAGAAUUCUACCUUGCAUAAUGAGCUAGACAAGCUCGUGACUCAGUUGGCGUCCACUACAAAGGUAUCAUUUACUCAACCUCCGUCAUCAACAAGUGAAGAUGUUGGUCAAGAAGAGGCUAAGGGUACAUUGGAAUUAUGGGAAAUAGUGAGGUUUGCCAGACGGGAGAAGGAAAUUGCUGAGACCAAAGGAGAGCUGGCACAUUCAGAAAGUCUACGAUAUCAACAAAGGUGUUCAUUCCUAGAGAAACAGCUGGCGGACGCACAGAAAAACCUGAAAGAAGAGAAAACACAGACACAACUAGACGUUGAGCUAUCGGCCAAACACGAAGAGGUCAUGGAGAAGGUAGAGAAGCUCAAUGAACUCACACAAGCCAACAAAGUUCUGAUGGAUGAAAAGCAAACCUUAGAACAAAGGUCGAAGGCCAUGGAGGCCAAGCUCAAGAAGCUCGAGAGUGAGUUGCAGUCUCUCAAAGAAAAUAACCGUACAUUAACAGCAGCAAAAGACUCGUUACUCGGAGAGAAAUCCGCUCUCAAGAAUGAGAUAAUGCGCUGGACAUCAAAGACCAAUAAUCUGAUGGAACAAUACAAAAAUGUCAACCCAGAUGAGUACAAGAGAAUGGUGGAAGAAAAGAAGUUAUUCCAGCAGCAAAUCGCUAGUCAGAAGACUGAAAACCAAAGGACUAAAGCUCAGCUAGAAACACUAAGGGCUAACCUGAAUGCUACUACUGGGGAACUCGCCACCUUAAAGAACGAGCACAAGAAAGUCCUGGAAGAGUUAGAAAAUUUAAAAUCCCAAAGCAAGGAAUCAUCCGCUGCUCAAAAUGAGAUUGAAACGUUGAAGAAAACACUGGCAGAAAAGACUGAAGAAAUCAAAGAAAAGAUAACUACACUCAAUAAGGUGAAGAGAAUUGCCCGUCAAUACAAAUCACAAUGUGAUGAAAAAUCCAAAGAACUGGACGAGCUAAAGAAGAAAUCCGAAGAAACUUCUCAACAAGCACCUUCAGGAGAAGCUAAAGAAGGGACUGGCGAAGGUGUGGAUGUGAGCUCAUAUGAAACUAAAAUCAAGGAGUUGACAGACAAGAUGAAUAACCUUGAGAAUCAGAUGAAGGUCCAAAAGACCCAAGAUGAACAGAAUAAGGCUCAAUUUAAAGAAAAAGAAGACAAAAGCAGGAAAGUACUGAUACAAGCACGUGAGAAAAUACAACAGUUAACAGCACUAAAGGAUCGUUUGGGGACAGAGAAUGAAGAAUUAAAGAAAGAAGUCAAGGCCGCCUCCGAAGCAAAGGACACCAUGUCCCAGCGUAACAAAGAACUAGACGACAGAUUAAACCUACUGCAGUCUCAAUACGAUAGCUGUGUUGCUAGACUCGAAAAGAAGGUCAAUGACUUGAAUACCAAACGAGAAAGCGAGGCUGAAGAAAGCAAGAAGAAGCUGGAUGAGAAGAGAUUAGAAAACGAACAACAGUUCCAACAGAUCCAACAGCUCCAGAAACAGAUCCAGCAACAGAUCCAACAACACCAACAAAAGCUUGCUUCUAAGGCAACAGCUGCUAAUUCUUCUGGAAGAAGUCUUGGAGAUUCUCCUGGACAGGACAACACACAAACGCUUGAUUCUACAUCUGGUAUUCCAUCUACUACUCCUGUAUCAAUCGUCCCACCCACAGCCACCAUCAAACCUACCUCGGCACCUGCAGCAAACAAAACCUCAUCAGCAAAGACCGCAAGUAUACGUCCCAUGCCAAUCACUCAAGGUACCCCUACUCCUACUGCAACAGUCUUACCCACUGUCACCUCGACUGCUCAAGAAACACCCACCACAAUGGCUGCAGUGGUACCUUCACGAAACCAGGUGACGUUGACUUCUACAGCAUCAACGAGUGCAACUGUUCGACCCAUCACUAGUGGGGCAUCGACCAGUGUGGUGUCUACUGUCCCAUCGCAGAGAGCUCCUGCUGAAGCGCAAGCUGGAAGGAUGACGCCCUCUGCAGAUACAUCUCAACCAACUGUGGCCGUCACGACAAGCAACAAGCGGCAGCGUGACGAAGAAGAGGAUGUCGAUAGGCAAAGCCAAGCACAAUCGUCAGAACCUGUGGAAAAGAGAGUAAGAACUACAGAAGCUGAGGCUGUGGAGGGAACCAUAGACGAGCUCGCCGCGAAUGAAGGAGAUCAAGAAGAAGAAGGAUGGGAAGUUCCUGAAAUGGAAUCUGGUCGAGAAACCCCUGAAGUAGUGCUGAUAGAAAGCGGUGAUGACGAAGAUGAAGAGGAAGACGAAGAGGGAAUGGAAGAAGAAGAGGAGGACGAGGAAGACAUGGAAGAAGAUGAAGAAGAUGAAGGAGAAGACGAGGAGAUUGAGGAAGAAAGCGCUGCUGCUGCUGAUAUAGAUGUGGUAGAGGUCAUUGAUGAUGAUGAUGAAGAAGAAGAAGAACGAGGGGAAGAGAAAGUAUCUGAAGAACAGGAUGAAGAAGAAGAUAUUGGAGAAGAAGAAGAGGAAGAAGUAGAGGAUGUAGAAGACGCCGAAGAAGAAGACAAAGACGACAAUGAAAUGUCCGAGGCUGAAGACGAACAAGUAGCAACAGAAGAUAUUCAAGAACCUGAUACUUCACAAACAGAAGUCCCAGAAGAUGACGACGUACAGAUAACACAGACAGAAAACGUACCAGUUAUUCAACAGCUUCCAUCUGUUGCAGUCGCUCAGAGACAAUUCGACCAGCAACAGCAGCAACGACAGCAAGAAGAAGAACCUGGUCCCGUUGGUCGAACUGCGUCUAUCGAUCGACCGAGGUCGCACCUCGCUCCAUUCUCUUUCUCCCAGGGUCAAUCCGGGCAAGGACCGUUUGAUGAAGCAGAUGACUGCACCGUUCCUAGUACUCCAACUCUAUUCGUACCCAAACGAACCGAUGGAUUCGCCGAGGCUAUAAGUUCUCCUCAUAUUCAUCGACCGUUUAACUUUGCUCCUCCCACUGAGGGUAACAAUUCAGGCAUGCAGUCCCUUGGCUUGGAGUCUAGUAUUUCUGUUGGAGGAAUGCGUGUGGAUGACACUCGUGUUAAUCUAAUGGACGAAACAUCAGAAGACAUCACAGCUGCAAGAGCGUCUUACUCUGCUGACACAACAGGUAUUCAAGACAGAAGCGAACCAUCAAACCAGACUGUACCAGAACGUUCCCAGAGUCGAGGAUCUGAUUCUGCCUUCAGACAACAAUCAGUGGAAAGCUUGGAGUCCGAGGGGGACUUCGCCACCGACGUCACAAGUAUGACUGACCUUCCUUCUAUUACAGUUACCCCAGCUAGUGAUACUAAAUCUGUAGAAGAAACGACCGAACAGAAUGUCCCGGAUACGCAACAGGAAGCUGGUGGACCGGAAGCGGAAGUGGCGUUGGGAGAUGACGAGGACGAAGGRAAUGAUGAAAGAGGAGAGGAAGACGAGGGUGAAAAGGAAGGCGACUUGGAACCAGAAGCCGUGGAAACAGAAGUAGAUAAAUCAAGUGAUGUCAAACCAUCUGAACCUGUUGCAGUUGAAGGUGCUAGUUCUUCCGAGGCGAUUGAAUCUAGAGCCUCAACAAGCGCAAGCUCUGAUGCAAAAGAUUCCAGCAAAGGAAGAAGUACAGUGGUCCAACUAAAGAGACCCAGUACAACAGGGCAAGAAGCAAGCCAAUCGGGCGUCAAAAGGGGCACAGUCCAGACACAAGGAGGAAGAGCGCGCAGAAUCAAGCGAUUCAUCCCUGGUCGUGGUAAUAGCAGAGGUCGCGGUAGAGGCACCGAUGGACGCCGAGGAGGAGGAACCUCACACUAAUCCCACAUUCCUUUAGGAAACUCAUUCUAUAACACACUUCAAAAACUAUUUUUGCCAUCUAAUUGUCAUGCCAACUAAAGACACUGUAUAAAGAAACAGACAAAUUUAUUCAAUAAUCUUCGAAUAUUUCGACUUCUUUUCUCAACGAUGUCGAGAUGCCAUGCUUUUGUUUUUUUCAGUUCUUUUUUCUGUAAUUUCAUUUAAUAAUAAAAAUGUCUUAGUCCUAAAGCUGCAGAUAAAUCUUAAUAAAGUGGAAUAUUUAGACUACUACAAAUAUUAUUUUAAUAAAGUAAAAUGAUUCUCGUAA